GCAAAGGCAAAAGCUUCUAGAAAACCCGGUUGACGAUGCUCCCGUCCCUAAAUUCUGACGAUGCUCUUAGCGAUGGCCUACUCAGACGUCACUCUGAUCGUUACGUGUUUAUUUUUGUCCUGCCGAAAUUCCCAGGUGGAGGAAUUGGCCUGAAAAAAUGUGAUGGUUAUUUUAAGGAUUGGGGUCAGAUGAAAGCAGACGGACAAGGGCACAGGACGUCUCUGUCUGGACAAGCGCGGUAAUCUGCUGCACCAUCUGGUUCCUCCCAAACAUGCCUCCCCUGAAUUAGCCGGGUAAUCUGAUUUCGCUGAAGAGUCUGGAGCGUCUGGCCAGGCUGCACUCUCACUGCUCCUUAAGCUGUCCCUCCAGGAAGGACGGACGUCGCUUCGGCACAGUGACACAGACAGACAUUGGGACAGACGAGCUCUUGAGUGUCUCUGUAACUGCUUAUCUUCACUCUGAAUCAGUGGAUUGUACACAGGUGUCUUUCAGCACACAGAGGAUGGGGAUCAGAAACCACAGAAAAGAGAACUGCGCACGUCACAUGACUCCUUCUCCCCUGGCCCCCGAGGCCUCCGAUGACAUCAUCCAGCCGAGGAGGGUGACCAAUCCCGUGCAAGAGUCACCCACCCACCGGAGCCUGCACCGCGAGCUGCUGUUCAGCCACAGAAGGGGGCUGCUCCUGGGGGGCAAGCCGGAGCUCCAGAGGGUCCUUCAGCAGCGGAGGCUGGAGCAGGACGUCCCACCACCCUCCGACCUGGAGCAGGAGCUACGCAAGAGGAAGCAAAGGCUGCAGGAGUACGAGCAGGAGGAGCUGAAGCGUAAGGAGGGCCAGGAGAACGUGCCUGAGUUUGUGCGGGUGAAAGAGAACCUCCGGCACGUCCGUGUGGCAGUGCAGUGAGCUCUGCCACACGCUCCUCUCUGCCCCCCGUCUGGAACGGUCACCUGCACCGAGGCCACGCGGCCCAGCGAGAACAAAGACAACUGCACUCAAACCGGGACCCAACCGAACAUCCGCAAAGCAAGUGAAAGUUCCUGUCGAAACAAAAGAGUCUGGUGUUAUCGACCAGCUGGUUCAUUCCACAAGAGCAAUGAAACCACAAAUCAGGUCUUACGGCGCAGCAUUCAGAUUGUGUGCAUGUUUUGUUUCCUGUUAGGGUAAGCUGAAUAAAUGACUGAUUAAAUGUUAAAUGAAA